AGGAAGAGACAGGGCAACUUGUGAGCUCGCUGGUUGAGUGCAGAUUUAUAAUCUGAUGGACAGCGGGAGACCCAGCUAACACUCCACUCCCUCUCAGUCAAAGUCUCACUCUCCAGGGCAGAGUGAAAGCACUUAGCCUGGGGUUUAUUCCUAGAAAAGAAGAGUGGAUUUCUGAAGAUUUCCUCCUUGUUGCAGAGUUGGGGAUCUUGCUUGCAAUUGCAACCCUGGAUUAUGGCCUGGCUGCUUCCCAGAAUUUGUUGCCUAAAAAUCUUCUGUCAGUCCUCUAAAGAACCCUUCUCUUCUGGACUAUCUAGAGCUUGGAGUGGAGGGCCCCUGACUGCAUAUAUGCCAGAAGCUGUAGCAUUCCCUGGAUCAAGGGACCACCCAGGGCUGUACAAAGCAUCGGUGGAGCAGGUGGAUGCAUUCUGGGGCGCUCUAGGAAGAAACCGACUCAUAUGGAUUAAUCCUUUUCACUCUGUCCAAGACUGUAACCUACAGCAGGGCCGGGUGUCUUGGUUCCUGGGAGGACAACUGAAUGUAGCAGUGAAUUGUCUGGACCGACAUGUCCACACAGCUCCAAACAAAGUGGCCCUGAUCUGGGAGAAAGAUGAACCUGGGAAAGAAGUCCGGAUUACAUACAGAGAAUUACUUGAGUUGACCUGCCGCCUGGGAAACACCUUGAAACGACAGGGAGUGAAAAGAGGUGACCGGGUCACCAUCUACAUGCCCCCGUGCCCUAUGGCUGUGGCAAGCAUGCUAGCCUGUGCCCGAAUAGGAGCCAUACACACUGUGGUAUUUGCUGGAUUCAGCGCUGAGGCUCUAGCUGACAGAAUCCGAGAUGCCCAGUCAGAAACUGUGAUCACUGUGAACCAGGGCCUGAGAGGGGGGAAGGUUACUGAGCUGAAGCAGACAGUGGACCAGGCUGUGCGUGUGUGCCCGCUAGUGAAGCGAGUUCUGGUUUCCAAGCGGACUGAUCAGAAAGUUCCCAUGUCAGAACUGGAUGUGCCACUGGAGGAGGAAAUGAUGAAAGAGGAUGUAUAUUGUGAGCCAGCAGUCAUGGAGAGUGAAGACUUGCUGUUCCUUCUCUACACAUCUGGCAGUACUGGCAAACCCAAGGGGCUGGUCCAUUCACAGGCUGGAUACCUGCUGUACACAGCCAUCACCCACAAGUACGUGUUUGAUUACCACGAUGGGGACAUCUUUGGCUGUGUGGCAGAUAUUGGUUGGAUCACAGGGCACAGUUACGUGGUAUAUGGUCCUCUGUGCAAUGGAGGUACCACAGUCCUUUUUGAGAGUACUCCAGUGUACCCUAAUCCUGGGCGCUACUGGGAAACAGUGGAGAGAUUACGAAUUAAUCAGUUCUAUGGAGCACCCACAGCAAUUCGCCUGCUGCUGAGAUACGGGGAUGAGUGGGUAAAGAGAUACGACCGAUCUUCCCUCAAGAUCCUUGGAUCAGUGGGAGAGCCCAUCAACACAGAAGCAUGGGAGUGGUACUUCAACGUGGUUGGUGAUGCACGGUGCCCAGUAGUUGACACAUGGUGGCAAACUGGUGUCACCAUUUCAUUUGUCUCAGAAACAGGAGGCAUCUGUAUCUCUCCCCGUCCCUCCAGCCCCGGAGACGAGAUUCUUGCAGGCAUGGCCAUGAGACCGCUCUUUGGGAUCAGCCCCGCCCUCCUGGAUGACAAGGGAAAUGUCCUAACAGAGAACAAUGUCUCUGGAGCCCUCUGCAUCUCUCAAGCCUGGCCAGGAAUGGCACGGACCAUUUACAAUGACCACAAGAGAUUUCUGGAGACCUACUUGAUGCCUUACCCAGGAUUUUUCUUCACCGGAGAUGGAGCCUAUCGUACUAGCCAAGGAUAUUACCAGCUCACAGGGCGUCUGGACGAUGUCAUCAAUGUCAGCGGGCACAGGCUGGGCACUGCUGAGCUGGAAGACAUUGUGAAUCGGCACGGAGCAGUGGCAGAGUCAGCUGUGAUUGGAUUCCCUCAUGAGAUCAAAGGAGAAGGAGCUUACGUGUUCAUUGUGCUGAAGAAGGGCACGGGCAUCUCUCAGGAAAGGUUGAGCAAUGAACUCAAGGAGCUGGUCUCAAAAAAGAUUGCAAAAUACGCAGCCCCUGAAUACAUUCAGGUCACAAAGCGGCUACCCAAGACCCGGUCAGGUAAGAUCAUGCGCCGUGUCCUGAAGAAGAUUGUAGAGGACAAGGCAGAUGAACUUGGAGACCUGACAACCUUAGAUGACCAUGAGACCGUGGAGGAGAUCAUCAAGGGGCACAAGCGCCUUCUGCAGGAGGCACGGGGCCAGUAACCUGAGUGCAGAGACUCUCCACUCCCCUCUCUCUUCACCCCUUCCUUCUCCCACAUCAAAUCAGGGACUGAGCCUAGAAAAAGUCAAUCACCAGGCACCAGUAAUUCAGC